AUGACGGUGUUGCAGGCGAACGACAGUGACCAGUGUGCCGGCGGCUCCAACUGGACCGGGGAGCACGACAUGGAGCACCUGCCAUUCGACGUGCGCAUCGAGACGUACCUGGUGCCAGUGAUCUUCCUGCUCAUCUUCACGGCCGGCGUGCUCGGCAACGGCACCCUGGUGCUCAUCUUCAUACGGCACCGCAACAUGCGCAGCUCGCCCAACCUGUACAUCCUGUCGCUGGCGCUGGGCGACCUGCUCGUCAUCCUCACCUGCGUGCCCUUCAUCUCCACCAUCUACACGGUGGAGUCGUGGCCGUACGGGAUGGUGAUCUGCAAGCUGGCGGAGACGGCUCGCGAGGUGUCGGUGUCGGUGUCCGUGUUCACGCUGACGGCGCUCAGCGUGGAGCGGUACUGCGCCAUCGCGGGCCCCGUGGCAGGCGCCUCGCGCCGCGUCGGCCCGCUGCUGCUGGCCGCCAUCUGGCUGCUGGCGGCCGCCGCCGCCGUGCCCACCGCCCUCUACACGCAGGUCACCGAGGAGGCCAUCAACGAGUGCGAGGCGGGCGCCCUGCGCAGGAUACAAGUCUGCUACCCUUUCCCCAAGGAGCUCGCGGCCCCUGUCGUCACCGCACGGUCAGUCAAUCCAGGUUCUGUUUAUAGCAUCACGAUGGUCGCAUCCGUGUUCGCGGUGCACUACGCGCUGCCGCUGGUACUCAUCUCCGUCUUCUACUCGCUGAUGGCGGUGCGGCUGCGGCGCGGGCUGCCGGGAGAGGCGCCCCAGAGGCACAUCCGCUCGCAGCGGCAGCGCGUCGCCAGGACGCUGCUCACCUUCGUCGGCGUCUUCUUCAUCUGCUUCCUGCCGCAGCACGUCUUCUCGCUCUGGUUCUACUGGGCGUCGUCGAGCGUGCUGGAGUACAACGACUGGUGGCACGCGCUGCGCAUCCUGGGCUUCUGCCUGUCGUUCGCCAACUCGUGCGCCAACCCGGUGGCGCUGUACUGCGUGUCGUGCACGUUCCGCAAGCACUUCGACCGCUACCUGCUGUGCUGGUGCCGGCGGGGCGCGCGGCCCGACACCGUGGUGGCCGGCAGCCGCACCGACUCGCGCAAGCAGUCCACCUCGCAGACGCUCGCCACCUUCCAGCCGCGCUCCAGGUGA